AUCUCUGUUAUUAGAUUCUUCCACUUCUUUUCUUUAAAUAACUAGUGUUUUUCUUCUCUUCUUCCUCCCCGGCCCUUUGCUUUUUCUCCGUCUCUCACUUCACACUUCUUCUUCGUCUUCUUCGUAGAAAGAAAGACAGAGAGAAAGAUAAGAUGGUGUUAGGAAAGCGUCAUGGAUCUCUGAUCAAGAGAACAACAAGCAUGAAGAUGAUCACACUCGAUACGCCCACGAUCUAUGAUGCAUCUCAGCCGUCCGAUCAUCUGUCCAUUCAUCCGCACCAUCAUAAUCAGACGGUGGUGAUGGCUACUUACUACGAUGAUUUCUUGAAGACUUGUAGCCUCUGCAAUCGAAGUCUCUGCCAUCAUCGUGACAUUUAUAUGUACAGAGGGAACAACGCAUUUUGUAGCUUAGAGUGCAGGGAGAAGCAAAUUAAGCUGGACGAGAGAAAAGCAAAGAAAAACGGCUUCGUAUCAUCCAAGAAACCAAUUCGUAUUUAAUCGAUCAUGUAUGAUCUCUAUGAUAGUUAUAAAAAAAAAAAAAAAAAAAAAAAAAAAAAAAAAAAAAAAAAAAUCUCUAUGCUAAUAAUAAUUUUUCCUUAUGGGUAAAAUUAGUAUGUGUUUGCGUUUAGUAUAUAAGAAUGAUGAAAGUUACGAGAAAAAAAAAGAGACUAAAUGAUUGUGGUAGCGAUCAUAUAUAGUAAUGUAGUUUCAUAAGCAUGAUAAAUUAUGAGCUGUAGAGUAAUCGAAUUUGCUUUGUUCGUGUGAUUUUUCGUUGUGAUGUUUAAUAUGUAUGUAAUGUAAUAUCAAUAUUGAUGUAUAUAUGUAAUCAGGUGGUCUACAACUUGUUGUAACAUAUGAUUGCAAAAGACUUUUAUAAUAUCAGAUGGACUGAUUCUUAAAUGUA